UUGGAUUCAUACCUCAAUCCAACCCUUGGAUCACCCCUAGUGAUAGAAUUCGAAGCCAUGAGGAGGAGUAAACUUCCGCGGAAGACAUCCCCAUAAUAAGCGAAUAUUUUUGGCUUGGAGAACACGGUACCGGCUUCCAAACCGAGGUAUUCACCACUCGAACGUAAUUAUCUCAAUAGUCCUACAAGAACUGGUGCAAAAGUUAGGAACGCACCCACUUCAACUUCUUGUUUAUAAUUGUAUUAUUAUGAUUAUAAGUCAAGAAAUAGGUUAGUUGUCGAGUAUUGAUUAUUUAGGGAUAAAAGUUAUUAGAACGAUCGCGACGUUGCCAACUGUUUUUUAUACUUCAUUAAUUAAUACUUUAUUUAAAAUUUGGCUACUCGGCUUAACCACUUGAAGAUCUAAUAGAAAAUAAAAAAGAAGAUGAAGUUACAUUCUGAUACAUUUGACAGUACAUUUUGACGAACUGAUAUCGGUCAAAAAUUAUUAUUCUUAAAUGUCAAUAAGAUGAUUUAAAUUAAAUUUGUUAAUUCAACACGUUAUCUUGUUAAAUGUAGGUACAAAUUUUACGGGAGAAAAUUCAAAAAUGGGUAGCAGUCAAAGUAAAUUCAAACCGGAUCCUAACGAUGUUUGGUAUAGGGUCAAAGUUAGUUCGAAUCAACCGAAAUAUUUGGAAUGCGUUUUACAAGCAAUCGUAAAUCUCAAAGAACCUCACGGGUCUUCCCAAGGAAGAAUCAUCGAUUAUAUACAGGGCGUUAUAAAUGCUAAGCAAAUUCGUCCGAGACCGAGAAAUGUAGCGAUGCAAGUGAAAAGUGCUUUGAAAUACGCCGUAAUAAAUGGAUUGGUAAAACAACAAGGUGGAAAAUUCAUUAUGGCGUUAACUGAAAAGGAAUACGCGAUUUUUAAAGGAUUUAGGACAGAAAAUACGAUUAAAGAAAACGUUUCAACAUCGAGAAGCAAAAGUAAAUCAACGAGAAGUAGAAGAAGAAAAAGAAGAAGUAGUAUACAGAAUAGGCAUCGUAGUUGUAGUCGAUUAUCGGAUGACGAUGAAUAUUUCGACGAUAUUAAACCGAAAAAACGUAAAAAAUAUCACGAAUUCGAAUCGGACCUUAGUUCAGAUUAUGAUUUUCUAUCAGAAUCGAGUUCUAAUUCUAGUACCCAAAAUCUAAGGAAAUCUGAUAGUUAUAUAAAAAAGAAGAUUCAACAAAUUAAUAAAAAUAAAGUUGGUUUAAUUCAACGUCGCACUAACAGCGAAAAAAAUAUAGUCGCGUCUACUAGUACCAGUCGGGUACCCAAACCGAGCGCCUCCAGAGAAUCCACCAGUAAAACCAAACAAGAAGAAGCCGGUUCUAGUAAAGGAAAAUAGUUUAAUUUUUUUUUUUUUUUUUUCAAGAAAUGUGUAUAAACGUCAAGAAAAUUUAAUUAUUUCCAACAAAUUUUGUCGUUUUUUCCUCCAAACUCACUUUCUUCUUUCUUUUUUAAACCAAAUCAAUAUCGGAUAUUCUCGUACACUACAAGAAUAUUUGACAGCUGCGUGAAUCAAAAUAACCUAACUUAACCUACAAACGUAUUAUUUGGAAUUGUCCCUUGUCACUGGGGCUAAAAAUAAACCCAACUGAAAACGACAGUUAAGAAAUUUAACCAGAAAAGGAAACAAUCAAGUAAACCGAGUUUGGAGCUAAAAUAUCUUGUCUUUGUUGAAAUAAACACAUUGAAAUUAAAUGCCCAGGACGUGCUCCACUAAAUUACUAAAAAUCGUUACAUAAGUCACAUCUCUAAUUUUGGUGAUAGAUAGAUUAGGAUUCAAGGCCACCUUCGGCACGUACGAGAGUCAAAUAUAAACAAACCUUCAGAAAUUGAAGGUUAUUUGUAGGUGAUAUUUGUUGUCGUUAGAUGGAGACGUACAUCAAUUGGCUGAUCAAGUGAUUAAGUUCGGAGAGGGGUUCGUCCGUUGAGCAGCGCAUUAUCAUAAAGUUCCUCGUCUAUAAAAACGUCGAACCAGCCCAACAUCUCCCGAAAACUGCUACCGUUUCAUGGUUUAUAUUAAAGAUUUUGGAGCAAAUCAAACGCAUCCCUGUCGACUUCAUAUUUAAUGAAAACCUUCCACGUGUACGUGAGCUUCUCAAACAGUUUCAUAAAAACAUGGAAACGUCCAAUUAUGAGAAAAAUAUCAGUUCGGUUUCCAAAGUUACUGAAUAAUAAUUAUAACAACUACACGAGAAAAAGAAGAAGGAAAAAAAACGACCAAAAACUCGAUUGUUUGCAAGGAAAAUGUGUUGAAGAUUGAAGAGAUGUCCUACUAGUAGAUUCCUUUAGUAGACAUUAGCUCAUCAAAGCGAUCAAAAUACGCUUCAGUAUCAGCGCAAAAGAAGAGAUUGUCCUAUUCGCGAGCUGGUAGAACCGAACGCUCUAUCAUCCACACUUAUCCCCAUGUGAUUUUCACAUGUUUGAAAAUCUCAAAGAAGCAUUUAAAGGCGAUUAUAUAGACGACUUAUUUGUAAAAUGGUUGCUGUUUUUUGGAAAAUAAAUUUUGGCUCGUCUAUACUUGAUUUAUAACGAUAUAUAUUUGAUAUUUGACGUUACUCUAUAAAAAAAACAUCUAAAAGGAUUUAAACACGAUAUUAAUUAGAAAAAAACUCGAUAAAGGGAAUGUAACGUUCAAAAUUACAAAGAAACUACCAUUAAAUGCUAAUAGCGUCUUCCACAUAGAUAUACUUGCAAAUUUUGAUUCGAAAUUAAACUGUUUAUCGAUGAUCUGUUCUUGUAGUUGAAGGUCUUCCAUUAAACGGUUCAUCUUCUAUUUUUACUACGUAGCUGUGAUUUGCAGAAAAUCUUACAUGACACUGUUGUUCGAAAUUGAUGUCAUUGAUUUUUUGAACGGUUCCACAAAAUCAAUAAUUACUAACAACCUGUUCACCUAAAAUGGUUCAAAUUCGUACUACACGUCUGUCAUAUGUCAAUUUAUCGCCCCUCCAAUUCGCGUGCUUCCAGUGUUGCCAUAUCGAACGCUAUGUUCAUAGUCUCAAGCAUUAAGCUCUCGAAAGUUAUUCUGGGAAUGCUGUAGGCGCAAAAAUUACCAAGAAAACCUUUCAUUCGACCGCAACCUUUCUGUAAAUACAUUUACAAAUAAUAGUUCAAGGAUAUCAAAGAUACUUUCAGGAGUGGACCAUUCCAGUCCUAAUUAAACUGGAGCUAGCGGAAAUGAGAGGAGAUUCUGUGGGGAAGAGGAAGAAACACACCUAGUUAGGUCUUGUCAUUAAAAAAUAACGCAAAAAAUUAUUUAAAAGGAAGAUUUGGAGGGACCAGGCUUAAUUCCAGUGGAGAUAUUUUGGAAAUGGAGGCGAGCUAUAAAUGGGGGAAAAUAGACCUAGUCAACUUAACGUUCAACCCUGUUUAAUAUACAAGUUCAGAAUUAAUGCGUUAUAUUCGUCUACUUUAUUUACUAUUAUUUGUAUUUUGUGAAAAAAAAAUAUAAAUUUCUACAAUUACACUCUAAAUUCAAAA